CUGCCACACAGUAUAACUAACAACAGCGCUUUGAUUUUUUUUUAGGAGCAGAUCAGUGCAGGAAAAGAACCAAACAACUCUAGUGGAGCGUGAAGGUGCACUAAAACUAACUUUGAGAAUGCCGAGUUUGGGAGCUAAGAAGAAGGACAAUGUGUCCAGAAUGGAGAGAUUUAUUGAAGACUUGCCACAGCUGAGCAACGAGAUGCAGCUGAGCAUCAUGAACAAGGUGAAGAAUGGAGAGCUGUCCAUCGACGACGCUUUGGACCUCGCUAGGAAGGAUCAAGGCCAGUUAACCAAAUUGGAGAGUACUACAGAGGAGGAGGAGCUUCCCUCACAGUACAACUUCAGCGUGCACAAGCAUGGACGCUAUAGGUGGAAGAAGAGGGUUCUUCAGAUGGAUUUCACCACCAAAAUGCUGUGCACGAUCGAGAAAGGCAUUGUCAAGCGCCAACUUCCCUUUGUCAUCAUCAAAAGUUGUGAUGACGGAGUCGGUUCCAGGUUCUCUAUUUCGUUCAAAGGCCACCAUGAUUACGAACUGGAGGCCACUUCAGUGGACGACAAGCAUAAGAUAAUGCAGCUUGUUAACCAGAUCAUUUACAGAAACAUCUACAGUCAUGCAGAGGGGGGCAGUGCAGGCACACACCAGCAGCCUCAAGCAUCUCAUAUCCUGCGGGAAGGUGUCCUUACGCUACACAGAGGCGGGCUGGCAUCAUUUCGAUGGGUCAAAUAUGAGGUCCAGCUGCACCCUGGUCAAUUAAUACUGACCCCUUUCAGUCGACGUGGCGCAGCCGAGGGCGAGCUGAUGUCCUCGACGCCCGUAAGCGUGGUGAUCCAUCUGUCGGAUGGCGACACCAGUGUCCAGAAACCUCUCAGUGCCGAUACCUUCACCCUCGUCACUCGCAAAAAUGAAUACCAUUUCAGAGUGCCGCCCUCGAGUCAGCCGCUUCCCGGUGCUGUGCAGACGGAGCGAGACGCUUGGGUCCACGCGAUCAGCAAGUUGUGUUCUGACUGGAAAAGAAAGUCAAAGAGCGAGCGCAUGUUUAUGGGCGGCGAGAACCUCCGACAUCUCAGCAUAGCAGAAGACGCAGGGGAGGACAAUAACAACUCGGACCUCGAGUCUGCUGGAGAGGAUCUUCAUGAAGAUUCAAAUUUGGCUGGUGAAAUGAAUCAAAGUUCCUCUCCAGAAAUUCCUGAUAUCCCAAAACAGGCUGCUCCUGAUCCUACCCUCUCCCACCCCGGCCCCCCACCCUUUAGCAUGGACCCUAAAAACAAUCGAACAGGAUCACAAGGGGACACAGUUUCCUCCACCAAGACAAUCCCACCGCCGCCACCUUUACCCCUCAGGUUCAACCUCAGUCCAAGAAAGAUCCACACUAAGGCUUUCCACUGGGACCUAGUUGGACCUGACAAGAUCGCAAAAUCAUUUUGGGAGAAAGGAAGCCAGCGAAGAGUUGAAGUCGACACAAGGCGUUUAUACAUGCAAUUUUCGGUGAAAAAUGUCGGGUCCUUUGCAGCACCGGAGCCCAGCAAUACGCAACACAUCAUGCUCAACCAGAAGAUUGCGCACAACUUCAACAUUUUCCUCAAAAGUUUUGCGGUGCAGCCCGCAGAGCUGAAGGACAAACUCUUCAUCAUUAACGAGGAGGAUGGAGGCCUGUCUGACGAGCACAUCACCUCUCUGAGGAGGUAUGUUCCCACGUUGGAGGAUGUGGAGAUGUAUAAAUCCUACAAAGGACCAGUGAGCGAGCUGCAUAUUGUGGACCAGUACAUGAUGGAGAUGUGCCAUAUACCCUACCUGAGCACACAACUAGACCUGCUGCUCACCCUGAGAGAGCUUCCCAUCAGCAUGAGGGACCUGCAGCCUUUGAUUGGCCAGAAGAUUGCGAUGUGUACAGAGCUGAACAGUUGCAGAUCAUUCGUUUCUGUGCUGGAGUACCUGCUGGCCAUCGGCAAUUACCUCAACGAGAACGCCGGAAAGAAGAAGGCCAAGGGAUUCCGCCUCUCAUCCUUAGCUAAACUGCCGCAGCUUCGCGGUACAGAGCGGACUUUCACCCUGCUCCAUGCCCUUGUGGAGCAGGUCAUGUUGCAUGAGCCGGUCUUGGCCAACUUUACCAAGGAGUUGGGAGAAUUUGAAACGGUCCCAGGAGCUUCUGUCAAAGGCCUAACCGCUGAAGUAGAUGUACUGAAAAAUGAACUGCAGAAAGUCAUCCAAUAUGGAAAAAGCUCCAAGAAGAGAAAUGUUGAGGCGCAUCAUGCACACUUCAGCAAAGACCUGAAGGUGGCAGUGGAAAAAUACAACACAGAUCUUUUGGCCUUGGCGAAGUCUUGUGAGGAGAUGAAAAAGCUCUACUCGAGCAUUUUGGUGAAAUUUGGAGAGGCGGCCGACCAGGACUCUCAGGAGCUCUUUGGCUUCAUCUGUCAGUUCAUCCACGACUUCAAGAGGGCCCGUGCUGAUGUUAUAUAGAAUUCAUUCGCUGACAUGACUAGAAUAUCAACCUUUUGGUUUCUACUUCCAUUUUUCCACAAUUUGAAGUCUAUGUUUUAUCAAUGUUAAAUUCAGCAAUCAAAACAGUGAAACCUCCAAUAAAAUG